AUGCAACAUAUAUUAUUAUGGCUUGGAUUGCAUGUUUGUUCCAUCACUCUCAUGUUAAGACUUGCUGCAUUACAGCAUUGUCCCACAUUAUCAUCAACGCGAGGUGGUACUCAAAGCAAGGAACCUACAUGGCCUUUAACGUGUUGUGAUAGCUACUUAAAAAGUUCAGGAUUUGCACGAGCCCAAGAUACCCUCUUUGGUAGCAAAAUUAGUAGGGGAAAACGUAUGGCAGUGAUCGCUAUGUACAGCUAG